CGUUCACAUCGUCUGACAUGUUUUCCUUCUCCGUCUCCUUUGGGUCGAUCCCAACGGCAGCCAUUUUGUUCAUGUAUCUUUCUCACAUUGGUCAACAUAUUUCCUUUGUGUUGGUCUCAACGCCACGCUUCGUUUAUGAUUUGUGCUGCCGUUGCCUACCAAGAUGGCGUGGGUCACUUCCAGUUCAGACUUGUGGGAACGAUAUAUUGAUUUUGAUCAGGUGUCUAUCAUUUAUAGUGUUAUUGAUUAUUGUCCAGAUCUAAAUGCGCUGUAGGAAUCUUUAAAAAUUCCUCCUGUUCUGUCCCACAGCCGACUCCAUCUUCAGAGCUCAACAGGAAGUGAAGGUCAUGCAGAGGUCGCAGGAAGGCUAUGAAGCCUGAUAUGGACAUAAACAUGUUCACGGAUCCCAGAGCUGGGGAGAACCUCACGGUGCCGCCGAACCUGCCCCAGCAGGCCUCGGAGAACAUCAAGCAUUACCUCAUCAACCUCUUCCUGUCUGGGUUUUACACCCUGAUUCUGUUUCCUGUCGGCCUGGUGGGGAACUUCCUGAUCCUGGUGGUCAACCUGGCCCACCAGGGCCGGCUGUCGGCGCCAGACCUGUACUUCGCCAACCUGGCUGCGGCCGACCUGAUCCUGGUGGCCGACUCGCUGAUCGAGGUGUUCAACCUGAAGAAGGGUUACUAUGACAACGCCGGCCUCUGCACCUUCAUGAACCUCUUCCAGCAGGUCAACCUGUACAGCAGCGUCUUCUUCCUCACCUGGAUGAGCAUCGACCGCUUCGUGGCGCUGACCCGAAUAGCCGCCGGCGCGUGCACCGCACACGCCUGCCUUAGCUGCUGCCUCAUCUGGGCGUUCGCAGUGAUGCUCACCUUGCUGCCGUUCGCCAUCGCCCAGGUGCAGCACUACGGCGAACUCAACUUCUGCUUCGCCAACGUCAGCCAGGUGCAGUGGCUGGAGGUGACGCUGGGCUUCCUGCUGCCGCUCUGCAUCCUGGCCGUGUGCUACUGGAGGAUCGCGCAGGUGCUGCGGCACAGCCAGAGGCAUCGGUGCUACCUGCAGCAGCGGCCCCGCCGGCAGCAAGCGCUGCGCAUGAUCGCCGCCGCCGUGUUGGUCUUCUUCGUCUGCUGGCUGCCAGUGAACGUCUUCAUCAGCGUUCACCUCCUGAGCGGCGCCGACGCAGCGGGCGCUAACACGGCGGGCGCUAACACGCUGUGGGAGCUUUACCCGCUGACGGGCCAUGCCGUCCGGCUCGCAGCCUUCUCCAACAGCUGCCUCAACCCGCUAAUCUACGGCUUCCUGGGUGAAACGUUUCGGAAGAAGCUGAGGCUGUUUCUCCAGGAGAAAAGCCGCAGCGCCAAGCUGCAACGGUUCGCUUCGGAAAAACACAUUUAUGCUCCAGUUGCACCGACAUGUCAGCAUAAGACAUGCGACACAUGGAGUCCCUCCACUAAGUCCAGCUCUAACGGAGGCAAAAGCCUUGUGAUGUAAAAGCACUUUAAGGGACGAAAUGGAAGCAAGGACUUUAACUGAUGUAAAAACUGAGAAUUAUUUCUUUAUUUUUAAAUAAAACUCAAAGUUUUCAGAGCAAUGCUUCAUAAAAAAAUCCAACAGUUGAUGGCAUCUCAAUGUGUGCUGAAAGUAAAACCUGUGCUGGGCACAUUUAAGCUAAUGCGCUAAUCUUUCCUUUAGCGACUUUAACAAAAAGGACAAACGUUGCAUUUUGAUGAGCACCAGAAUCAAAACUAUCAACACAAAUCAAAUGUGUUGGUCAAUGUUUGAUUUAUUAUGGUUCCAAAACAACUAAAAUCUUUUAGUCUUGAUUUAAAGGAACUCUGUAUUUCAGCAGUUUUGCAGUUUUCUGGAUGUCUGUUGCAGAUUUGUGGUGCAUAGAAGCUGCGUGUUGCUUUUCCAUGUUUGGUUCUUUAGCUAACUUUGACAAUGUUUAGCACACUUAUGUUAAUGACUAGUGGAUAAGGACUAAGGUUAGCAAAGCUAACUUUUCAGUUAGCGGUAGCCACCACUGAGCUAAACACACCAGAACUGUUUGAUGGGUUCAGCU